CCUGAACCAUCUACCACACCACAGCAGGUCCCGUCUCGUCUUUGAUUCUGUGUUGCGCGAAGAAGAGAAGAAGCAAUGGCGUGGAGAGGAAACGUAUCGAAGUCUCUCAAAGAGCUCAGGAUCCUUCUCUGUCAAUCUUCCCCAGCUAGCGCUUCCGCCAGAACGUUCGUGGAGAAGAAUUACAGAGAUUUGAAGUCUCUAAACCCUAAGUUCCCCUUCCUGAUCCGCGAAUGCAGUGGGAUCCAGCCUCAGAUGUGGGCGCGAUAUGAUAUGGGUGUGGAGAGGUGUGUAAAUUUGGAUGGGAUGAGCGAGUCACAGAUUCUCAAGUCUCUUGAAGACCUUGUCAAAGCCGGAGGAGCUACAAAAGCCUAAGGUUAUUUGUUUUGUUUUUGUUUUUGUUUCUCCAGAUGAUCCCGAAUAAGCUUUAACCGGAAACACUCAUUUGACAUUUUCCCGUCAAUCUACUAUCGAUUACUUUCGUUUUGAGUUGUUUUUUUCUUCUUCUUGAUGAUGUAAUCCUUGAACUUGGUAUACAUCAAAACCUUUCCAUAUGA